AUUCUGUCUCGUAGUGAAAAUGUACGGUGACGGCAUAUUCAGAUACCGCGAUGGCAUCUGCGUUGCUCAAAUCAUCACCUUUUCAAUAUCUCUGCUCUUCGCUGCUUCAUUUUACUGGACAGGACGAAUUGGCUGGUUCUGCAUUGGAGUUUUCUCACUCAUACGGCUUGUCAGUGCAAGCUGUUACUUGGCCAUCAUGAGCAACGACUCUAAAAGUCUAUGGGCAACGGUCUUCGUCUGUGAAUCUCUGGGUAUCAUGCUCAUCAUAUUCUUGUUUCUGGAGUUGUUGCAUAGAGUAGUAGUGUCUGUGGUACACAAGCGAUACUUCUACGUGCCGCAACUGCUUACCUGGAUCGAUAUCGUCAUCUCCAUUGUUGGGUACAUUGUCAUCAAGAAUAAAGAUGAUAAUCAGUUAGACCCUACGCCUUGCGAUCAAGCGAGCAGAGCUAUCGUUACUGUAAUCUAUGUUUACACUCUCUGGUUACUCUGGGUCUUCUGGCGCUUCCAGGACAUGUCUGUAUAUGCGUCACCGGAAAGAAGAGCGAUUCGACCAGUGGCUUACUGUACCCCUCUAAUGAUCGUUAGACUGGUCUACUCGCUCAUCUUUGAAGUUACGGGAGACAUGACUUUUAACUCGAGCAAAGGAGAUCCCACGGCUUAUCUCACCAUGACUUUUCUUCCCGAGUUGGGGAUCGUUGCCACUUGUACUGCAACCAUACUGCGCAUUCCACCGAUCGAGAAAGAGAAGGAGAACACAGAGGCCAUGGUACAAGGAAGUAACGAUGGGGAUAGUGAUGNNGAAACAGAAAGUCAUCACAACUUCACAAGAAUGCAAGCUUCGAUG